AUGUUGCACUCUAAGAGCAGAAAUGGGGGCCCCUCCUCCCUGGGUGGCCGGCGGACGCGGUCAAGUCAGCCGCAGCAGUUUGCAGUGUUUUUGCUGCUGCUGCUCUGCGUCACUGUUCAAGUGUUCUUAUUUUUGCACGUCACCCGCAACGCCCACGCCUACCUUGUCUCCACUCCAAUUCUCAAGAGCUUCCAGGCCCCCCAGACUUCCUUGCCCGUGUCCCGUCCAGUGGACCCCGAGCUGCAGCGGCUGCUGGAUGAGGAAUACGACGCUGCAGCAAAAGCCCAGCCCUACGUGGGCAACGAGGCUUACCUGCAGUCGCUGCGGCCCCGCAGCCGCGGCUGGCUGAACUCUAUGGCUGUCUUUCCCGGCAGCAGCAGCAGCAGCAGCAGCAGCAGCAGCAGCAGCAGCAGCAGUUUGCACGGAAAGCUGGGCGUGGACAGCGUCAGGGGGCCCCUCUGGGUGCCUGCGGAAAUGCCCGAGCCCAUAGACUCUCCGUCUGGCUUUCUGGGGACCCCUGUAGAGGCAGGAAAGCCCGCAAAUGAAUUAAGGCACGGUGCCUUCAAGGUGAACAAAACUGAAGAACUCAAAAGUGGGGGCGGCUUUUACUUGAAGCUUUCGGACGCUUUGCCUCUUGACAGGAAGCCUCCCGACAGCAGGCAAGGAGUCUUCGGAGUCGUUUUUUUUGAUUUUUUCGAUUAUUUUAAUCUUUUUUUGUUUAGAAUAAUUGCAAUUAAGGACCCCUCUUGUUUGAAAAUCCAAUACGACUUGCAAGACUUGAGCGACAGUCUAGACACUUCAAUAAUAAUAACUUACCACAACGAGCCCAUGUCGACGCUCCUGCGGUCCAUACACUCCAUUUUGAACUUCACUCCUCCUCCUCUCAUCAGAGAACUCAUUCUCGUCGACGACUUUUCCAACAGCACGGCGCUGCUGCCCGGCGGCGAGCUCGACGAGUACUUGCCUUACCUCCCCAAGACCAAACUU